AUGGACAUGACUGACGGGAUGCGAGCUGCAGGGAACGGGGCUGCUCGAGUAUCGAAUAAUGCCUGGCCUACAGACAAAUACCAAUUCAGCUACAAGGGUCGCUUUUCGAACGGCAUCGUCUGGGCAGAAUAUGUAGCAGCUAAUCUCUCAUUGCCCCUUUACGACUAUGCGGUAGGAGGUGCAACGACUUCGAAUGCCCUUAUCCAGGGCUACACAGGCGCAAAGGGUGAUAUCGCUGUACCUUCUGUUAUUGAUCAAGUCGUCUCGUGCUUGGCGAAGAUAAAUCCUCAAGGAGGAGCCUUCGAAGCGUCCGAUUCAUUGGCAAUGGAAAGCCCAUUGCUGAUAUUGUUUGCUGGUGCCAACGAUAUCCUGUUUAACGCCAACAUCAGUGCUUCGCAGUCGUAUCAAAUUCUUCGUCAAGCCGAAGCACAGCUCCGCGAUGCGUACCCAAGUGCAAGAGUCUUGACUCUAACGCCGCCCGAUAUCUCCAGACUUCCGUAUGGCUUCUACUUGGAAGACAAUCUGGCAAAAAACCAGUUGCGAGCUUUCACAGACCAGCUGGGAGAACUACUCGACAGGUCAAAGACGGGAGCCGUCAACCUUGAUCUUCGGCCGCUCUUCGACGACUUUGAGUACUAUGCUUCUCCUCGGGCGUACGGAUUUGACCCACUGGGAAAGUACGGCAGUUGCCUCGAAGGUGCAUAUGGCGAGACGCCGAAUGUGACGAUCUGCGGAGACCCAGAUAGGCGGGUAUACUGGGACGAAUACCAGUGA